AGAGAAAAGGGAGAGGAGAGAAGGCGGCGGCGGCUCAGGCCAGUGCAAAGCCAAGCCCGGGGAGGGACCGCGGGAGCAGCCGCGCCCGUGCCCGGAGGGUUGCGGCCAGACCCUUGGAGUGUCCUCCCAUUGCAGCCUCUUCCCGGUCUCUUCCUCCUCCUCCUCCUCCCUCCGCGCUGCUGGUAACGAUGGCGGGUAUGAGCUCCCUGGAGGCGGUAAGAAGGAAGAUCAGGAGCUUGCAGGAGCAGGCUGACUCCGCCGAGGAGCGAGCGGGGAGCCUGCAGCGGGAGCUGGACCAGGAGAGGAAACUGAGGGAAACUGCUGAAGCUGAUGUAGCUUCUUUGAACAGACGUAUCCAACUGGUUGAGGAAGAGUUGGACAGAGCUCAGGAGCGGCUGGCAACUGCCCUGCAGAAAUUGGAGGAGGCUGAAAAGGCAGCAGAUGAGAGUGAGAGAGGAAUGAAGGUCAUUGAAAGCAGAGCCCAAAAGGAUGAGGAGAAAAUGGAAAUUCAGGAGAUUCAGCUGAAAGAAGCUAAGCACAUUGCUGAGGAUGCCGACCGCAAGUAUGAAGAGGUGGCCCGGAAACUGGUCAUCAUUGAGAGCGACCUGGAGCGUGCAGAAGAGCGUGCCGAGCUCUCAGAAGGCAAAUGUGCCGAGCUUGAAGAAGAAUUGAAAACUGUGACGAACAACCUGAAGUCACUGGAGGCUCAGGCUGAGAAGUAUUCACAAAAGGAAGACAAAUAUGAAGAGGAAAUCAAGGUCCUUUCCGACAAACUGAAAGAGGCUGAGACACGGGCUGAAUUUGCUGAGAGGUCAGUAACCAAAUUGGAAAAGAGCAUUGAUGACCUAGAAGACCAACUCUACCAGCAACUUGAGCAAAACCGCCGCCUAACUAAUGAACUAAAGCUGGCCCUGAAUGAGGAUUAACCUUGAGUGCGAAACACGUCAGUCUUUAGAGCUUAAACUGUAACAUUUCAUUAAGGUUGAAUUCUAGAAAUGUAGUGCUUAUGCAAGAAAUCUAUGGUUUACAAUACCCACCAUUAUGAGGGGUUGAAAAUGGUUAGUUCUGGAGACAUUCAAGUGAGAGAAAUCUAGCUCAGAAGCUGGUGUUGCCUGCCCUUUCUUCUAACUAGAAUAAUUCACUUGUCUCUUGGCUUCAAUUCCAGUUCAAUAUUUUACUAAAAUACGUUAAAAAUCUAUAUAAUUACAUGUAUAUGUUACAAUCAAUUCAGCAUUCCUCCAUGGCCCCCUGGUUUGAAUAAUGUAAUGUGGUUCUGAAUUGUUCUACUGUUAACAAGAGAGCAAGUGUAAGCCUACCUCUCACCCUCAAAGCCAAAGCCGACCAUAUCUAUCUGUUUCAUAUACUGUGCCCUGUUUGAAUUGCGAUUAAAUAUAUCCAUGUUCAGGCAACCCAGGCUUUGAAAAGAGAGCCCAGGUAAAGGUCCCAGGUUGGCUAAAAAGGCAUGCUGAUUUCAGUCUCAUAAUGUAGGUGGAAUCUGGAAGUCUGUCAAACAAAGAAUUUUGUGCUAAUAUUCAGUGUCCUCAAGAGUAUUAUGACUAUGUCCUAAUGAAGUGUGCAUGCAACAUAACUCUUUAAUUGUUGAUAAUCUUUUAGCAGGAGAAUGGUUCAUUUGAUUUUGCAUUACCAACCCUCAUUAUUUCCUUCUCACUUUCUGAAAGGUUGAGUUACAGUGUCAUUUCCAAAACUCUUAGGUGCACCAAAUCAGAGGACCUGGGUUCAGAUCCCAAUUUAGCCACUUACUGGCAACUAGGUGACAAAUGACUUUGUGAAAUCUCCAUUUUACCUGGCAAAGUCAGUUUUGUUUUUUUCCCCUCACUGUGUAUUGAUUCCCAUGGUAAAUAGUGACCCUUUACCAAGUCUGACCUACAUUUAUUCAAAGCAGUUUGCAAAUGUAGGAGCACCCUGGGGAAUUUAUAAUACCUCUAAUUCAUUUUCCCUAAGCCACCACCCCUCUUUUCAGGUCCUUGUCAAUUUGGAAACCAGUGACUAGUGUAUUAUGAGCAUGCCUGGUUUGAAUAAUCUAAAUCUGUUCUUAACAAUUGACUAUUGCAUGCAUUACUGUAUGAGCAUCAGUGUAUCCAAAGAGCUACUAUUGAUAUCUCAAUUUUCUAAU